CUCAAAAAUAUACGAGGUACAAGUGUUCCAAAUCCCUUUUUUCACUUCACAACUCAAUUCUCAGAAACGCUACGCACUGAAGCUGAGCUCGAUCUAUAAUGGCGGAGAAGCCUCAACCUGUUCAAGUCUUAUACUGUGGAGUCUGCGGGUUACCCGCUGAGUUCUGUGAGUUCGGACCCGACUUCGAGAAAUGCAAACCCUGGUUGAUUCAAAACGCACCCGAUACCUACCCGGAUCUUCUCAAAGAAUCAAAUGGAAAAGAAGCUGAUAAAGUCUCUGACAAGCUUCAGUCCACUUCAAUCUCAGAAGGUUCUUCAGCAUCUAAACCAGAAGAAGUCAAACGCCUUCCUGGUGGAAAGAUAAAAAAGAAAGACAAGCAAGAAAUUAUUAUUGAAAAGGUGACACGGAACAAGCGGAAAAGUAUCACUACCAUCAAAGGCCUCGAACUCUUUGGUGUUAAACUAAGCGAUGCUUCCAAAAAGCUUGGUAAAAAGUUUGCUACUGGAGCUUCCGUGGUGAAGGGCCCAACUGAGAAGGAGCAGAUUGACGUUCAAGGAGACAUAUUUUACGACAUUGUGGACUUUAUUACAGAAACCUGGCGCGAUGUUCCAGAAUCUGCAAUAUUCUUCAUAGAAGAUGGGAAAAAGGUUCCCGCUGCAUGAGCUUGGGAGACUGGUCAGUCUUGUUUUCAGCAAGGUGUUUUAUUUAUUCUAUGCUCAUAGCAAAUCGACUAAAUUUUGGGGUGAAAUUUGUUUGGAGCUAUUGAGGCUCCUAACCCAUCCGACCCUUUUCUCUACAGCAGCUAAGGAAACCCAAAAACAGAAUGGGAUUUUGCAGUUGAGAUAUGGUUUGGUAUGCAGCAUAUCUGCUUGGUACAGUUGCUGCAAUACUAUUUUGUUUCUGAAUUUGGACAAAGUGAAAUUUUGUAUUACACUGUAGUUAGUGAUAGUUUCUCUCUUAUAAUUGAAUGGCGUUGGUAUUUCUUUUUAUAUCAA